AUGUCGUGGAAACAUUUGUGUCGGUUGGUGAGGAAGUUUAAUGUGGUUAUUGUCGCGAUCUCAGAAUCUUUUUCGGAAGUUAGUAAAAUGGAUCAGUUGGCCUAUUUAUUAGGGCUCUCGAAUCAUUGUAGCAAUGCUGAGAUGGGUGGUAAAUUAUGGGUUUUUUGGAGUGAGUCGUAUGAGUUUGAAGUUUUGUGUAUGUCUAACCAAAUGAUUACCGGAUGGGUCCGGAAUGGUGUGGAAAAUUUUCUUGUUACUUUUGUCUUUGCCAAAUGUAAUCCGGUGGAGAGGAGGGGUUUAUGGGAUAGUUUAAAGGCAACUUGUAUAGAGGGUCCUUGGCUGGUAGUGGGGGAUUUUAAUAUCAUUCGAGAUGAUCAGGAGCGAGUUGGUGGGAAUCCAAGGCCAUUAAAUUCCAUGGCUGAGUUCAAUGAGUGUUUGGAUUCCUGUGGGUUGCUAGACCUCACAGUGGAUGGUAGGCGUAUGUCAUGGUGUAAUGGUCACAAUGGGUGCACUCACAGCUGGGCUCGUUUGGAUCUUGCCCUCAUAAAUUCGUCGUUUGGGAUCUCUUAUCCGUCGGCGUUCUUUGAAUAUUUGACAAGGAAACACUCGGACCACUCGCCUAUGCUUCUACGUUUCAAACGGUCGGAGGUAAUUUAUGGUCCUCAUCCUUUUCAUUUUCAGAACAUGUGGUGUAACAAUGCAAGUUUUAAGCCUUUUGUUGAGGCGAUUUGGCGUGAACUGUUGUAA